CGGCGGCGCGCGGUUUUGGGUCUUCAAAAUGUUUGCCAAAGCAACAAGGAAUUUUCUUAAAGAAGUUGAUGAUGAUGGUAACCUGAUUUCAGUCUCAAACUUGAAUGACUCUGAUAAAUUACAACUUCUAAGUCUGGUGACUAAAAAGAGGAGAUACUGGUGCUGGCAGAGACCCAAGUACCAGUUUCUAUCUGUCACCCUGGGAGAUGUACUGACAGAAGAUCAAUCUCUGAAUCCAGUGGUCCUGGAGUCAGACUUUGUGAAGUAUGAGGGCAAGUUUGAAAACCACAUAAGUGGGACCAUCGAGACGGUUCUGGGCAAAGUGAAGCUGAAUGUGGGUGGCAAAAGCCUGGUGGAAAGCCAGUCUUCCUUCGGAACCCUGCGGAAGCAGGAGGUGGACCUGCAGCAGCUCAUCAGGGACGCGACAGACAGAAAGCUCAAUCUGAAAGACCCGGUGCUGCAGCAGGUGCUGGAGCGGAGGAACGAGGUCCUGUGUGUGUUGACACAGAAGAUCAUCACCAUGCAGAAGUGCGUGAUAUCCGAGCACGUGCAGAUCGAGGAGAAGUGUGGCGGCAUGGUGGGCAUCCAAACCAAGACCGUGCAGGUGUCAGCCAUGGAGGAUGGGAAUGUUGUCAAGGACAGCAAUGUGGCCCUGGAGAUCCCAGCUGCUACCACCAUUGCCUACGGCAUCAUGGAGCUGUAUGUGAAACAGGACGGCCAGUUUGAAUUCUGCCUCCUCCAGGAGAAGCAUGGCGGCUUCGAGCACGAGCGCAGGGUCGACGACCUGUACCUGGACCCGCUGGCCUACCGGGACUUCGCGUUCGUGGACAUGCCGGACGCCGGACCCGGGUCGACUUCCCACCAUGUUCUAAAGCAAGCAACCUUGCGCCUGGAGAGCAAUUUCCACCCCUUUGUGGAGCUGCCGGAGCAGCAGCAGACAGCUGUGUGGCACCUGUUGCAGAUAGUCCUGUUCGAUGAGGAGUUCCUCGUGGCUCUAGAGCAAGUGUGUGAUGACGUGGCCAGUAGCCUCUGGUCCCCACAGGCAGCGCUGGCCGUUGGCGGGCUGAAGGCUGCUCAGCAGCAGGACCUGAUGGCCUUCCUGGGGCUGGUCGGGUGCAGGGUGCAGGGUGAGCAUCCUGGCCCUGCAGAUGAGGUCAGCAACCGGAAGCUCUUUGCCACUGCCUACUUCCUGGUCAGCGCACUAGCCGAAAUGCCAGAUAACGUUGCUGCUCUUCUGGGCACUUGCUGUAAACUCCAGAUGAUUCCUACGCUGUGCUGCUUGCUGCAUGCUCUGUCUGAUGAUGAAAUAUCUGAUCUUGAAGACCCAGCCUUAACGCCUCUGAAAGACACAGAGAGGUUUGGGAUUGUGCAGCGCCUGUUUGCCUUGGCUGACAUUAACCUGGAGAGAAUGCAGUCAUCCGUGAAAGCUGUCAUCCCCAAGGAUUCUCAAGUCCUUCCGCUAAUUCUCUGUAUUGCUUUGAGUGGACUUCAUGCCCUAGGCAGGGAACAGUAGCUGCCUGUCAGUCAUAAUACAUGUAAUAGGACCAAAGCUGGUGCUUUUCAGAAUUGUUAAGGUACUACUUUAGGAUUUAGGUUUCAUGGCACAUUGAAAGUUGAUCAAUGAACA